AUUAAGAAAAAUGAUAAUUGAUAAGCAAAUAAAUUAAUGUGAUAAGAGAUAACGAUUGUUCAGUUUGUUGUUCUUGUUGCUUUUUGUCAGGAAACUCGGGAUGUUUUGAUGAAUUCGAUUCGAUUUAUACUAAAUUAGAGUGUAAUUUGAAGUAGUUAAAAAUGGAUGUUGAUGAACAUUAUACCCGUCGUUAUCCGUACAGUGUGGUUUGGACUCCUAUACCAUUUAUAAGUUGGUUAUUUCCAUUGAUUGGUCAUAUGGGAAUCACUACAUCCACUGGGGUAAUACGAGAUUUUUCUGGAUCAUUUUAUGUUGCUGAAGAUGAUAUGGCCUUUGGAUAUCCCACUAAGUACUGGCAGUUGGAUAUCAGAACUAUAAUUGGUGGUUCUAAAGCAUGGGAUAAAGCUGUUAAUGAAGCAUCAAUUGAAUAUUUCAAUAGAAUGCACAACCUUCUAUGUGAUAACUGCCAUUCCCAUGUUGGCAUGGCAUUAUCAUUAAUGAAUUACAGUAAAAGCAAAAAUUGGAAUAUGGUUAAAUUAGCUUUAUACACUUUCAUUUUUGGAAAAUAUGUGAGUUGCAGUGCAUGGCUUAAAACAUGGGGCCCAUUUAUCAUUUUUGUGUUUGUAUGUUUUGGACUUUAUUCAUAUGGAAAAUAUUUUUAAUAAAGUAACUCUGCGAGG